CGACACUUUCUUUCCACGGCGGUGAGUGUGGUGAUGAUUCAAGCGGUGGACGCGCCAAGUCUUCUGGUCCUGACCCUGCUGUGCGUUGUGGUGGAGGUGCUGCUGCAUGUUCUGCAGACACGAGGAAGCCGACCUACGCAGGCAGAGCUCGCCCUGCAGCGGCAGCAUGCGGUGCUCGCCGUCCAAGCGAAGAAGCUCAACAGCGUCGACAUGUUUGUCGAGCAUUCCAAGUUGGUGCGUCAGAUGAACACCGUCAAGAAGCAGGAGCAGACGCUGGCUGUCGAGCGCUUGGCGCAUGCAGCGGUCCCCCGCUACUUUGGCUACAUCCAACCUGUGCUCCUGGCGAUCGUGGUUGUCGUGUUCUGGUCCAGUCCGCUCGUGGUGUUCCCUCCUGGGCGGCUCAUGCCCGUGGAACGCCUGGUGGCCAUGCCGUUCUUCCCUGCCGGCUCCGUCUCCGCCGGGGGCUGGUGGCUCAUCUGUCGACGAGUGCUGGGCAAAGUGUUGAAGUAAACAUGUUUGAAUAUAUUACAAGAAUAUAUUAUUGUGAUAUAUCAGCCCAGAGUAUCCCCUCCGUAGCCGCCGCUUUGGCCGCCCAAGUAGUCGCGGCGACCGGCAUUGAGCUUCCGCGCAUUCGACUCGAGCUUGGGGCAGUCUGUGAUCCGAUGGCCCAACCCACCACAGAACGCACACCCUACCGCCAAACAAGUGUCGAUUAAAACAUCCAAAGUAUCAUUUUAACCUCAAAAAGCAUCAUUUUAACCCCAAAAUGUAUCAUUUAAACCCCAAAACGUAUCAUUUUAACCUCAAAAGUAUCAUUUAAACCCCAAAAAGUAUCAUUUGAACCCUAAAAAGUAUCAUUUUAACCCUAAAAAGUAGUAUCCUAUUCACCUCAAAAAACCAUUUCAUAUGAAAUACUAUCAUUUGAACCUGAAAGAACAGAAUCAUUUUAGAGGCAUAAAACGUUUCAGUCAAACGACAAAUCGUAUCAUAUUCACCCGAAAACAAAGCCAUUAGGACCCAAAUCGUGUCAUUUUCACUGUAAAAA